AUGGUAUAUUUCUAUUUUAUAGGUUCAACACUAUCAGCUAAUCUAUCAUCUUUAAAUGUUAGUUAUUUGUCUCAAUUAAUGAAUUCAUCUAUUGAACAAAAUAAUAACAUGAAUAAUCAUAAAGAUUUUGAUUAUAAAUAUGAAUAUGAGUUACUACAAAAUUCAGUACAAUCCAAUGAAUUCAACAGUUUAGCAUUUAGUACUCCUACAUCAAACAUUUCUGAAUUAAAUAUUUGGGAAAAUAAAAAUGAUAGAUGGAAUCAUUCAUUCAAUUGUAAUAUGAUACCUUAUAAGUCAUCUAUUUCAUAUAACCCUAAUCCUUUGGAAAAGAAUCAAUUUGUUGAAGUUCAAAAAUCUUUCCCUAUUAUUAAUACAUCAAAUUACAUCAUAGAUUGUAAUAGUUCAUUUACUAAAGUGAAUUUCUUCGAGUACUUUUUAUCUACAUUGAAUCAAUUUCAAUAUUUCAAUAUGAGAUAUAAUUUAUCAAAUUUAUAUAAAUGGUAUCAAUUCUAUUAUGAACAAUAUAUUCAAAAUAUAAUGUUGACAAUGAUUGAAACAAAUGAAGAACCAUUAGAUUUAUCAUUGAAGACAGAUUUAAUUGUCAGUAAAUCAGUAUGUCAGCAACAACAAGAACAACAGGAGUUACCAAGUGAACAAUUAACUCAAUCCAAUAAAACAUUCAAUGAAUCAUUAAAAAUUCAUUGUAAUUCUUCUACAUAUUUAUUAUAUGAUAAACAUUUAAAAAAAGAUGAUCAUUUAAUUCAAGCAAAUAUAUUAAACAUCCCAAUGAUAUAUCCAAAUGAAACUUCUACUAAACUAUCAUCAAAUGACUAUUCUAUUCAUUCAAAUAAUUUUCUAUCAAAAAAAUCUUUAUCUAAAAUAAAAAAUUAUUCAUUAAAUAUAACAAAUAAAUUAUUAUCACCAUGCAAAAUUAAAAAAAUCAAUAAUAAUCAUCAUCAUAAUCAUACCUUAUCAACUAAUCAAUUAUAUUUCAAUAAAUCAAUAAAACAUUCAUAUACACAAAAUGAAUUAUCUGAAGCUGUAAAAGCUAUUUGUUUUGGUCAAUUAGGUACACGUAAAGCAGCUAAUUUAUAUGGGAUACCAAGAUCAACAUUAAGAAAUAAAAUAUGUAAAUUAAAUGAAUUAAAAAAAUUAGAAGAAAAACGUUUAGGUGGUAAAUCAAUUGUAUUAUCACAAUUUCUAUUAAAUUUAAUUGAAUUCAAUAAAUUAUAUCAAUAUUCAAUAAUCAAUAAUAAUAAUAAUAAUAAUAAUAAUAAUAGUAAUAAUAGUAAUAGUAAUAAUAAUGAUUAUUAUGAUUAUGAUCAUUAUAAUAAUUCAUCAUUAUUAACUAAUAAUAAAGGACAAAUAACAAAAUUAUGUUUAUCAAAAAAUUAUAUUAAUUAUUUAAUGAAUACAGCUAAUAGAGUUGCAUCAAUAUUUCAGGUGAAUUGUCGAAGAAGUUACAUGUAUAAAAGGACUUUAGAUCAUAAAUCAAAAAAUGGAAUAGAAAAAUCAGUUCAUACAAAGAAAAAAUUGGCAUCCAUUCAUAAAUUACGAUGUUCCCAUCAACAAACAAUUAAUCAAUAA